AUGAUAUUGGCUGAAACUCUGGGCUGUUCGCCAGGCGAGACAAUGGUGGAGGGGACGGAGCUGGCCGGGGAGGAGGGUCGGUGCAAGCAACCAGCAGAGCCAGCUGCUGAUGUCGCAGCGGACAAUGACGCGUACAAGCCCGCCGCCGCAUGUGCCGCUCCCGCGGCUUCCGCUGGUGGCGGAGCGCUGGCAACAACUCCAGGCUCGGGCGCAGUUUUGAACGCGCCUACUGCGAAGAAACGCGCGCACAUAACUUGGGCGCACGACGUGGUCUCCGCCACUUGCGCCGAUGGCGUCGACACCGGCGCGCGCGGAGGCGGAGGCGUUGGCGAAUGUGAGGAGGUGGCUUUCGAGGAAGGAACGGAGCGAGAACUGAAAGACGAGAGCUACAAUAGCAGCGUUAGCACGGCUAGUACCGUUACCAGCAGUCGCGGCACGAGUACUACCAGCGGCAGCAACAGCAGCACCGUCAGUCGCGCUACUGGCAGCUCCAAUAGCAGUAUUAGCGACCCUGGCAGACUGAAGCCGCAGUUUAAAAGCCUCAGCGUCGAGCCGCCUACGGAUGUGGAAGGCGGCGCGCGAGGAAGCUACAACUCCACUCCGACCACCAAUGGCUCCCGGACCGCCGCACCCGCUGCUCCCGCUGCGCCCGCCGCUCCCGCUGCGGAUGUCGCUGACCCUGCGACAGCUAUCUCGUUCGCGCCCACUUUGGACACCGAAGCCGCCGCCGCGGUUGCCGUCGAAAGAGAACGCGGCGGUUUUGGGGGGAAUGACCGGCGAGCGAGGAGCAGCCGAAGCGCGGGGGGCACGCCCGUUUCGACUCCGAAAACAGGCACUUCCACACCCAAAACUCCUAAGACGCCGAAAACGCCGGCGGCGAUGGCGGCAAAUCUGACUCCGCGCAGCAGGAGCGGCGGUGGAAGGCGCCUCUCAGCCAACGGGGCGCGGAAAUCCCUAGGCUUCACGCGGAGAUUCUUCGUGGGCGAGACGCUCGGGCAGGGCGGGUUCGGGCGCGUCGAUCUCUGCAGCGACAUGCUCGAUGGCGGCGGCGGCGGCGGGAAAGGUUUAGGCGGCGCGCUGGCGGUGAAGACGAUCAAUAAGCUCGCGCUGUACGAGGGGUGCCUGCGGCCCGAGCAGAUGGCGGAGCGCCACGCGGCGUUGAAACGCGAGGUGACGGUGCUGAAGCUGCUGUCAGGGCAUCCGAACAUUGUGCAGGUGAGCGCGGCGAGGCGGGGAAGGGCGGGGAAGGAGGGGGAGGGCGGGGGAGGGAAGGGGAGGGCGGGGAGAGAGAGGGAGGGGGGAAGUGAGGAACGAGGUGGGAGACGGGAAAGCGGCCCCGGGAGAAAGGGGAGGGGAAAGCGGGAAGGGCGGAGGGAGAGGCGGGGAAACGGGAGGGAGAAACGGGGAGUGAAGAAAGUGUACGACUCAAAAGCAAGCCUUCGAGUGGUCAUGGAGUAUUGUGAUGGUGGCACUCUAAAGGAUCGCCUCUUACAGUGUAUGGAGCAGCAGCAGCAAGCAGCAGAAGCAGCCAGCAGCUCUCCCGUCCUCGUAACCCCAGGAAAACUUGUCAGUUGGGACAUCAAGAGCACUCUCAAGGGCAUAAGGGAUGGGAUUACGGGCACUGUGGGUGGAGGGAACAAGAGCGUGGGGCAUAGUUGGGCUGGGGGCAUGAAGGAAAAUGAGGCGGCUGAUAUUUUCCACCAGCUUGUUACAGCAGUACACUACUGUCACUCGAAAAAUGUGUUACAUCGCGACAUAAAGCUCGAGAACGCCCUGCUGGUUUUGGGGGGAGGGAAGGAGGAGGGGAAGAAAGAGUGGCAGGGGGAAGGUGAGAAGGAUGGCAAGGGAGGUGGGGGUGGGUCGGGACGCGGCGUAGGAAAGCAUUUGAGGGAGAAGGACGGAGUGGGAGCAGUUGGAAGAGCAAACGGUGAAGAGCGAGGUGGGUACAUGGCUGUAAGGGAGGCGCGGAUGGUGGUUGAUGCACAAGGGGAGACGGGCGAGGGCGACUCAGAGACUGAGUCAGAUGCAGAUGCAGAUGCAGGAGAAGCAGCAGAAGCAGUGGCAGCAAGAACAGCAGCAGCAGCAGCAGCAGGUUCACCGCUAGGAAGUGGUGUUGCGAGAGGGGGCCUCUUCCGCUCACGUUCCUUCGAUCCUGCUGAGCAGUCGUCAUCACACCGCCUCUCCAGCCCAUCCGGACCCAUCCCCACCUGCCACUCUGCUGAUGACACUGCCUCCAUUCCCCAACCCCCUUCCUCCCUCCCUGCCACAGUCAAGCUAGCAGACUUUGGCCUCGCUAUAGUGCUCUUGCCCAACAAACAGCAGGUGACUGGCAAGUGCGGCACGUCAGGGUACAUGGCCCCGGAAGUGGUUUUAGGUAAGAGCUACGGGUUAAGUGCGGACGUAUGGAGCCUGGGAGUGGUGCUGCACGCGCUUCUGUUCGGUGAGCUGCCAGUGUACAAGCAAGAGAAGGACGUGGCCAGAUACGGCGUACCUAGACCGAGCGGGAACAAGUGGAAGGCUGCUUCUCCUCUCGCCCUCGACUUAUACCGGCAGCUCCUGCAGAUUGACCCUGCAGAGAGGAUUGCACUCUCUGAUGCGCUCAACCACCCCUGGUUCCACGCCUGCAGCAGCAGCAGCAGCAGCAGCAACAGCAGCAGAGCCCGUGAUGGGACUCCCACAGGGCCCACCGCGCGCCUUGCUCCAGGCACCACCACGCGCAGCCCGAGCAGCCUUGGGGAUUACUUUCGCAGAGCCGGUUCUUUCCAGCGAGGGGGUGCUGCUGGUGGGGCGGGUAGCUGGAGGAGUGGGCAGAUGGAUGGGGAUGGGAAUGGGGGCAGCGGGAGGAGGAAGAGAGGAGUGCAGCUCAAGAUCACGGUGGCUGGGAGGACUCUGGCGUUGAAAAUGAAAGUGGGGGGGCUGUGGCAUGUGCCCAUGGGUCAACAACAGAGCUGA